GUGUACUCGCCGCCACGCUUCACUUAUCUUUUCAUAUUUUUUAAGUAUUUCACAGCAUCUCUGCCUUUUCUAAAAUUGAUCACAGUUUAUUUCUAGAUACUGUUAAUUUAUACCAAUCAAUCUCUAAUCUACUACUUAUGUUGUAGUCAGUAAUUCAAACAUACAUACCUGUUAACGUCUUAAAGAAAAAUCGAUAAUAUUUCCAGUGAAAAAAAUGGAAAAUAAAAAUAUCCAGGUCAUCUCUAACAGCAAGCAGGCGUGACUUGGACGCGCCGGCAGCGCCCAGUAAAACUCAAAAUAUCUUAGCCCUACCCAGCUCACUCCCUCAUCACACACACACAUUCCUUUAUACCUCCCUCCGUAUAUAUAUUAGGAUUCAAUCCCAAUUUCCCCCAAAUUUCAUCACCAGAAUCUCAAUCCCCAUUUUACGAUGCCUCUGACAAGGGAGCAGUACCUCUACAUGGCGAAGCUGGCGGAGCAAGCCGAGCGCUACGAGGAGAUGGUCCUGUACAUGGACAGCCUCGUGGCCUGCGCCGCUGGCUCCGAGCUCAACGUGGAGGAGCGCAACCUCCUCUCCGUCGCCUACAAGAACGUCAUCGGCUCUCUGCGAGCGGCGUGGCGCAUCGUCUCCUCCAUCGAGCAGAAGGAGGAGGGCCGCAAGAACGACGACCACGUCCCGCUCGUCAAGGACUACAGAUCUAAGGUCGAGGCCGAGCUCUCGCAGGUCUGCGCCGGAAUCCUCAAACUCCUCGCCGAUUAUUUGAUCCCAUCGGCUGCUUCCAGCGAGUCCAAGGUCUUCUACUUGAAGAUGAAGGGAGAUUAUUAUAGGUAUCUAGCGGAGUUUAAGGCUGGAAAUGAGCGCAAGGACGCGGCUGAGGAUACUAUGCUCUCCUACAAAGCUGCUCAGGAUAUCGCACUUGCUGAUCUUGCACCCACUCAUCCUAUACGGCUGGGCUUGGCACUGAACUUCUCGGUCUUUUACUAUGAAAUUCUUAACUCGUCAGAGAAAGCUUGCAGCAUGGCAAAACAGGCUUUCGAAGAAGCUAUUGCUGAGUUGGAUACCUUGGGGGAAGAGUCGUACAAGGAUAGCACCCUCAUUAUGCAGCUUCUGAGGGACAAUCUCACUCUUUGGACCUCAGAUAUGCAGGAUCAAAUUGACGAGUCUUGAAGCGUCUGCUCCUCAAGGAGGUGGGCUUGAAUGUCAUAAUGUAUCUGUAAUUUGCAUAUAUACGACUUUGUAGUUUGCAUAUUGUGUUAUUUUCUUCAGACUCCCUUAAUUAUUCAAACUUGCAUUUUCACUUUUUAAAUAGAGUUUGUAGCUUAUGAUCAACUGCAGCAAUGGCAACCAAUAUCAAUCCCCAUCUGAUUGAUUUUUGUUGUUUGA